AUGACUACUACGAUAAUAACAUUUCAAUCUAUCUAUAGAAUGAAAUAUAUUAGACAAUUGAUAUUCAAUCAUAUUAAUAAUAUAUCAAAUCAAUUGUAUCAAGGGAGUAUUUUUGAUGGUAGAGGAAGAUCAUUAAAAGGAAGAGAUAUCAUCAAGUUAACAUUACCUCGACUCGAAAUGGUAUCAAAGUUUGCAAUGCCAUGGAACUAUAUUUGUCAUUAUCUACCAACAGAUGUUGAUGAAAUAGAAUUCAAACAAAGAAAAAGAGCUAUUACUCAAUACUGUCAUCAUCCCAAUGCAACGUUGGAUACACUCGUACAUCUAUUGGAAUGGUCUCCCACCGUUCAAAUUGAAUGGCACUACUUGAAAAACAGUGGUUGUGAUAUAAGUAAUCAAGAGAUAUUAGAGUAUCUCAUCAAGAGGUGUUCUGUAGCUGUUGCUGGAGAUUCGAAUUACUUUCUCGUUUGGGCAAUGAAUAGUGCAUGCCUGAAUGGGUAUCUCGAGAUUGUCAAGUUGCUAGACUCUAUCAAAGAUGAUUUAAAAAUAGAUAAAACAGCAAUGGACAGAGCUAGUAGAGUAUCAAUUGACAUUGUAAAGUAUUUACAUGAGAAUAGAACUGAAGGGUGUAGUCAUUAUGCAAUGGAUAAUGCUUCAAGUAAUGGUCGUUUAGAUAUUGUAAAGUUUCUUCAUUUUAAUAGAUCUGAAGGUGCAUCAGAGAAUGCUAUGGAUAUGGCAGCUCAAAAUGGUUAUUUAGAGGUUGUUCAAUUCUUACAUGAACAUCGUCAAGAAGGAUGUAGCAAAGUGGCUAUGGAUCAAGCAUCUCGAAAAGGCCAUUUGGAUGUGGUCAGGUAUCUUUCAGAGCAUCGUAGUGAAGGUGCAACAACCGAUGCUAUGGAUUGGGCUGCUGUAAAUAAUAACAUUGAUAUUGUCAAAGUAUGA